UACCAGUACGGCCGCUUCGAUGCCAGCGCGCUGCACAUCGCGCACGCCCUCAGGGCGACCGAGUUGCAACGCGCGUACAGCAAAGCGCGCGAGAAGCCCCUGGAUUGCUACUUGGACAAGGAUGAGCAGACUCAACUCGAAAUGAAGCACCGGAAAGAGGAAGACGACCUGUACAGGAAGUUCGCUCGCCAACGCGAUGAAGAGGAGAAGCGCAUGCGGGACGAGUUUCGGGACGAGUGGGAGAAGGAGCUGGAGCGCCUGACGACGCGCUUCGAGCGGGAGAUGUCGACGCGGCGCGGGCGGCGGCCCGACGAGCAGCGCGUGCUCACGCUGCGCCACCAGCAGGAGCGCGAGACGCUCGAGCGCAGCAUGACGCUGCGCCGCGACAAGAAGAAGGAGUCGCUCACGCGCAAGCUGCUCGAGCACGAGAGUUACUCCACAAAGUGGGAUCACUGA